GCUCAAGUGACUUUUUCCUGGUGUCCACAGCUGUGUCAUGGCCGGCUGGGACAGAUAUGGUGAGGAGAAAAAGUACCGAAAAGAUGUGGAUAUCAACGACAAUCCCAAGCAUGUCGGAGAGCCUUUGAGGAAAUUGACCUUGGAGGACCGCCUCGAGAUUCGGCGCCAAACCCGUGAACAGCAGAAGAAGCGCUCCGUGUCCAUGGCCGAAAUCAACGAAGACCUCGAGAGCGACGACGUGGACCUCAGCGGUGCUGCCGUGACCAGCCCUUCCAAGCGGCCGAAGGUCAUUGAUGGCGAUGGCGAUGGAGAGCUGGACAUCAUAGGUGUGGCUUCAUCCAAUGGCAAGAAAGCCAAGGAGGUGGUGGACCUCGCGGACGACGACAACGCCAGCCGUGCCGCUGCCAUCCGCCGCGCCCGUCGCAGAGCCAAGGCCAAGGGGAAGCACCCGGGGAUUCGACCGGCGCCGAAGGUGGCCACCGUGGCCAAUGGGGAUGAGGUGGAGGUCCUUGAGUAGAUCUCAGGGACGCUCUCAUGGGGCAGGAAGUCGCUGCUAGCCAGCUGACUCAGAAUCUGAGUUGAAGUCCCUGAGUUUUUGUGGAAAGCCUGGGCCCCAUCUUCGCGGCACUGUGCGGUGAAUGCUUUUGCUGAUCCAAACUGGACAGUUGAGCAUACCUCCAGUUGCAUAGCCGCAUAGCUCUCUACAUUGAGAAUCCUAAUGUCUGCUUUCACCCCCAAAAAAAGUCGGGAAGGAUCUAGCGUGCACGCUGCCAAAAU